AAAAUAUGUUGACGGCGCAAUCGUAAGCCAUUUUAUAAAACAUAUAGAAGCCGGGUGUAGGAAUUCAGGCAGGCAGACAGUGUGAAGUGGACCUAGUUUUGUGUGCUGUGUUGGAUAUUCUUUAACUGAAACCAUUCAAGAUGAGCAACAAUAUUGAAUUUGCCACUGAAGACAAACUUGAAUACUGCUUCUUCCCGAAUGCAUCGGGAUGUCUGCAGUUCAGAGUCAAAGCACCUCACGAUGCUCAUAUCGCUUUGUCCCCAGAAGCUGGUGAAGUCGAUCCCAUGUACGAAAUAUUCAUUGGUGGAUGGGGAAACACAAAAUCUAUCAUCAGGAAGAACAGAACCAAACCCGACGUUGCCGAAGCACCUACUCCAAAUAUACUGAGCGGCGACGAAUUUCGCGGUUUCUGGAUCAGAUGGAACAACGGACAAAUCGGCGUUGGACGCGAAGGUGACUUCAGUCCAUUCUUAUCCUGGACAGACUCAGAACGUGUUAAUAUCGAAUACGUAGGUGUCUGCACUGGCUGGGGUUCAAGCGGAAACUGGAUCAUUCAACCUGCUGCUCCAGGUGGUGGUAGCAGUGGUGGAGGUGGAGCCUGUGGAGCCCAAUGUUGGGUGGCAUCCAGCGGUGGAGCAGUCCCCCCCAGUGGUUUUGCCGGAGGCGAAGACAACGGUGAAUCUGUUUAUGUUGUGAGAGCUAACUACAACGGGGCUCUUAUACCAGGAAAGUUAGUACCUAGUCACGGUCAGGCUUACGUUCCAUGGGGUGGAGCUGAAAAUCCUGUACAGGAAUACGAGGUUCUGUGCGAUUUUCCUGGACAGUGGUUGGCCAACUCCGGUGGCAACAUUCCAGCUAACGCUGUCCCUGGAGGCCAGUCCGAAGAUGGAGAACCCUUGUACAUCGGCAGGACCGUCCACGACGGCUGUUUAACCAUUGGCAAAAUCCAGCCCAGCCACGGUGUCCUUUACAUCCCCUACGGAGGCCAGGAACUCUCUUUCUCUGACUACGAAAUUCUCUGUUCAUAAAUUCAAAAGGACUGACCUAACUUUAACUGUCUAUAAAAGCAUAAUGGCUGCCUAUUAGAUCAAACAAUAUUAUCUGUUUUUGAUUGAUGUUUAGAUAAAAAAAUCAACCCCUAAAAGAUAAAAAGAAACGAAUCUUAUUAAUUUUGCACAAUAAAAUCUUAAAUAUAUAUUAUACGAUACUGUGGCUUACUGUUUAGGUGCCUUUAGUAUAUAAAAAAGUAUAAAGUUAAAUAUUUUUUGAGAAACAAAUACAAUUUUCAUAGGCUGCUUUAGCUUUAUAUAGUAUGCAUUUUGAUAUUUGGUUUUAUUAAGUAACAUGGAUUUAUGUAUUUGAGUUAAUCUAGUUUAGUGUUAUUUUUCUUUCGAUUUAAGAUGUGUUUAUUUAUUUAUAGCUUUUUUUUAUUAUAGUCAUGAAAACUUCAAUGUUUAAAGUCUGGUAACUAUUAUAUAUGUACUGUUAAAUAAAAAAAAAUCUUACGUCU